GUUACCAUAACCUAUUUUGCAUAAAUCUCUAAUUGUAUACAUUAAUUAGUGUUCUGGUGACAACAAAUUUCAUUAAUAGUUUUGAUACUAUAAGGACGGCUCGAAACCAUUCUUCUAUCACUUGUUAAUCAUCGGCAGAGCAAUCUUUCUCGAUGGCUCACGAAAGAUGACAUAGACGAGCCUUGGAUCUCAUGUAUGGAGUGUUGUGGCUUUCUGUCUCUCAGCAUGCCAGGCCGCUGAAAUCCAAUCAAGGGUCACUUCACUACUAGUCCAGGCAAAGUACUUUGGGCUUAAAGUUUAAAUGGGCUGGAACUUCUUAUCACUAGGCCAACACAUCUGAAUCCCAGGAUAUAUCGACCCCUCUUUUUCCAAUUUCCAUUCUUCAUUUGGCGUUCUUGACAUUUCUCUCCAUUUUCAAAAGCUGCCUUCUCAAUCAAGAUGCAGAUCUUUGUGAAAACUUUGACCAGGAAGACCAUCGACAACGUCAACGCCAAGAUCCAGGACAAGCAAGGCAUUCCUCCAGACCAGCAGCAUCUCAUCUUCGCCGGAAAGCAACUUGAGGACGGCCGUACCUUGGCCGACUACAACAUCCAGAAGGAGUGGACCUUAUACCUUCUCCUUCGCCUUCGUCGUGGCGAUUUUAAGUUCUUUGGAUUAUAUUCCUAAUAUGGAAAUUUUUUAGAUGCUAUAUAUGCCUAAUGCCUAUGUAAAUUUUAUUUACAUAAAUCCUUGCUGACUUUGACUUUGGUGUUUUGACGGUUUACUUUCAAGUUUCAACUGGUUCUGGAACAAAGUUAUAUUUAAAAAACGCUGUCGUUUUUUCCAAGAAGCGGACAUACAUCUAAAAAGGAAACGAUGAGAAUUAUAACAAUUGAUCAUAACCGUCCAUUUGGGGCACCUACGGAGCACUUCAUUCCUUUUCCAGCAUCAACGGUUCAAAUCUAACCGAGCUGAAUGAAUCAUACUAUGAACUUGAGCCGGCCGGCGGUGCAUCCGGUGGAGGCCCCCCCGUCGACGGAGGCGGCUGCCCAGAAUGGUCCCAGACUCAGAAUGAAGGAUGUACAAGGCAUGCCUGGGACACGAGGUGGCUUGAUUCUUCGUCUCUGUCAGUUUGUUUUUUCAGUCAUCUCUCUCUGUGUUAUGGCCUCCACCAGUGACUUUCAUGAAGCCACCGCGUUUUGCUUCCUGGUUCUUGCUGUUGGCCUUCAAAGUCUCUGGAGUCUAUCACUGGCAGUUCUCGACAUAUAUGCCAUCUUGGUGAAACGAAGCUUACGGAACAACAUAGUUAUCCGUUUCUUUACUGUUGGUGAUGGGAUCGCAUACACUCUUACAUUUGCAGCUGCUUGUGCAUCAGCUGGCAUCACAGUCCUCAUUGGCACUGAUCUUAAUAGAUGUGCUGAGAACCACUGCACGAGGUUUGAGACAGCUACAGCAAUGGCUUUUAUCAGCUGGUUUGCCAUAUCACCAUCCUUUCUCUUGAACUUCUGGUCAUUGGCUUCCCAGUAAAAUUUGGGUAUAGGGAAUCUAUAAUCAGCAAACAAGUCUAACUUUGAUGCACCAAUCUUUCCUAUGGAACUCCAACCAUGGAGACAAAUUAGCUGCUUCUAUAGUGUAAAUAGAUAAAGUUUUGCUAGUUGGUUUUUCAUAUGCAAGAAACAUAGAGUUCAUAACUGACUUAUUUCAAAUGAUUUUCCCCCCUUUCCCUGUUCUUUUUGGGGGUAUUCUGGUUUAUGGUAUGAUCAUAGUGGCAAUGGCAUAAUUAAUUAAUUGUCCCUUUACUUAGACGUGAUUGUUUUCUGCUCUUAUAGUCCCAAUUGUUGCUUAGAGGAAUGCUAAACAAACAAUGAAGUGAAAUAUUCAUUCUGAUGUUCGGUUA